AUGGUCUGCGAGCGCAUCGCCGGCCGCACCACCUUGUUCGUCUUUGACCCCGAGAACGUACGCGAGGUGUACCAGGAGGAGGGCAAGUGGCCCCUCAUCGACCCCCUGGUGGAGACGACCCAGAUGUACAGGCGGCAGAAGAAGCAUUCGCCUGGCAUGGGAAACACAAAUGGAGAGGAGUGGUACCGUAUCCGGCGAGGCGCUCACUACCUGAUGUUGGUACCUCGAGAAGUCGCCGCUUACUUGCCCUUGGUCGAUGAUGUAGCCACUGCUUUCACCAAUCAUCUUGAUAACAUCAGAGACGACCAAGGACGUGUCUCACGACUAGAUGUAGAAGUGUCGAAAUGGAACUUGGAAACGGCCGCCAUGAUAGCAUUCGAUGACCGGAAGCACUUCUUCAACACAGCCGCUCACCUCUGGCAGACGCUGGAUAGAGGCCAAUGA